GUCCCAAUGUCCACUCCAGCUAGGCAAGUCGGACUCGUUAGCUUUGGCCAAGUCGGACAUGCUUAUUCUUGCUCAUUUCGAAACUUGAUCUCAAGCACACAAGUCGAUACCAACCAACAACCAACUCAACACCGCAACAACCAUGGUCCUGGGCAAGCACAACGAGCAAAACACCGCCACCGAGGAGGAAUUCUUCAAGCUGGAGCAAGCGCUCAACCAGACCGCCGAGGAUACGUACAGCUGCCUUAAGCUGCUGAAGAAGGAACUGUCGGAAUACGACAGUCGCAAUGGCAAUCACUUUCGUAACACGGCUACACGUUUCAUGCGGAGCGAUAUGCGUACUGCUAAGGACACGGCGAUGGACCUGAAGCACGUGGCUCACGAUAUCAACAAGAGCAAGAAGUCAUCCGAGGCGGAGAUCUCUUCCGCUCGCAACAUGAUGGACGCAACAGUCAAGGCCAUGGAGGCUUUGAAGGUUACUGCUCGCGACUACGACAGAGAGAACAAGCAGCGGAUGGGAGUCAAGGGCACGGUCGAUGCCGCUGUUGGAGGACGCCAUGACAAGAAAACGGGACAUGGAACGGAGGGAGAUGAGGAUCGUGGCUUCUUCGGGAAGAGCGAGAAGGACCGAGAUGAAGACCGUGGCUUCUUCGGGAAGAAGGAGAAGGAAUCGGAAGGUGGUAUCUUUGGCCAGAGCGAUAAACCCAAGCAAUCCGAGGGAGGUUUCUUCAACAAGGACGAAGACGAGCAACGCGGAGGAAUGCUUGGGGGUGGUAAGAACGAGGAGCACCACAAAGGCGUCCUCGGUGGCACGAAAGACGAUAAUGGUGGCGUUAUGGGGAGCUCCGAGACCGUGGAGACGAUCGUGAGAAAGAUUCUCCGGGACCACUUCAACCUCCGCCCACUCGACCACCAGAUCAAGGCUGCAGAAAAGUCCCUCACGCCUUCGCUCAUGGAGCGUGCGAAGGAGAAGAUGCACGACGUGAAGGAAAAGAUUACGGGCGACAAGUCCGAGCCUACCCAUGACAGUCACGGUCACCACUACGAAGGUCACCACCACGUUGGUCACCAGGAACAAGCCGCGGUGCCGUAAAUUGAGGGAAGUGGAUGCAAAUGACUAGGAGGCAGCGGUAGGGACUUCUAGGCGGUAGCGAUGAGCGAACUAUGAAUACUUUGAUUUUUGGAAAUGUAGCGCUUUGGCGCGUACAUUCUGCAACACAUGGACUCAGAUUUAAUUCAUUUAAUUUUGCUUGCUGGUAGCUCAAUUACAAUUUACACAUAACUUUCGGG